GCGAUCUCGGACCGACCGAUCGACGGAACGACCGGCCUCGUCCCCGCCCAGCUGCCGCCCUCGCCGCCGCCGCUCUAUUCGCUGCACAUCGGCAACGGGAACAGCUGCCUCGCGUUCGUCAACAACAACACCGCCGGCUCGCCGAACGCGGUCUCGGACGCCGCGAAGACCAAGGCUGCUGCGACCAUGUCCUCGCCGCCCAAGCAUCGCAGGGGCUUCGACCCCAACGACGUAAACGCCAACGAUUACCGCCGUUAUCGUCGCGUUAAGACGAGACGAGGCUUUGUAUGUUCCACACCGUGGCCUUGGGCGCCGGACACAGACCUCCCCGACAUCUUCCCGACAUAUAUCCAACAGCACGAAGCAUUAAAAAGAGAAUGAACAAAAUAUAUAAAAUAAAUAAAUAAAUAAAUAAACACACACA